AUGCCGACUGACAAUACACGGUAUUCACUGCAAGCACCUUGCGGAUUACCAUCACCACUUCGAUCCACCACAACACGUACAAGUAACAGUACCGGUACUAUCAGAUCAAUCUCUUCACCACCAUCAACACGUAUCAACACUCCUCAAUCAUCUGCAAACGGUAACGGACACAGUAAUGGAAUUGGGCAUGAUGAAUAUCGUGAAUCAACAUUAUUAGAUAAUUCAGAAGAAUCAGAUACGUUAAUAUCAUGUUUUGGUACACUAUCAAUACCAUCCAUUCCUUCAAAUGGUAAAAGUGGUUUGAUCAUUAACAGGUUCCCUAAACCUCCUCCACCACAACCUUCUUCUGCGCUGGGAACUAGAGAAGAACAGAGAAAGAUUUAUUUAGGUCCGAAAUUGAGUGAUAGAGCUACUGGUGGUCCGGAUGCUGGACCGUUGAUUGAUCGAUUCAGUUGUUUGUUUCAGGAUCAAUAUAAUUGUGUAACAAAUCCUAAAGGUAUCGUUUCUCUCGGAGUAGCAGAAAACUUUUUGAUGCAAGAAGAAUGCAUGGAGCUGUUUUCGACUGCUCUAAGAGACAACUUUACUCCGCUGGAUUUAUCUUAUGGGGAUUCUUUAUGGGGGUCCAGAAGGAUCAACCGAGCAUUGGCUGGUCUAUAUAAUGAAUAUUUCAACCCUGCAGAGGCAGUUAGACCGGAACAGAUAAUCACUGGUGUGGGAUGUUCAGCAGUCCUUGAUCAGCUAUUCUACACGUUGAUGGACGAAGGAGAAGCUAUCCUUUUAGCAGCACCUUACUACACAGGAUUUGAUCGAGAUCUCAUAGGAAGGGGAAGGGUACGAUUGAUACCUGUUCAUGUACCGGUUGGAGAAGCUGCUUUCGGACCUGAAUGUCUCAAGAUGUUUGAGGAGAAAUUAGAAGAGGUUGAAAAGGAGGGAAUCAGAGUGAGAGCUGUUAUCCUCUGUAAUCCUCAAAAUCCUUUGGGUCGUACAUAUCCUCGUUCAACGUUACUGGCAUAUGCCAAAUUCUGCGAAGAGAGGGAUUUACAUCUAGUUUCGGAUGAGAUCUACGCUCUGAGCAUAUACGAUAAUAAAGAUUUCCCCGAAGCGGAGCCUUUCACAAGUAUGUUAAGCUUAGACGUGGAAAAGGAACUGGAUAUUGAUUUUGACAAGGCCAGAUUACACGUCGUUUAUGGGAUGAGUAAAGACUUCUGCUCGAAUGGUCUCCGAAUUGGCUCACUCAUAUCUCAGAAUAAUCCUUUGCUGUUAAGAGCAAUGGCAAAUACCUCAAUGUUAAUGAAGAUUUCUUCACCGGCAGAUGUUAUUUGGUCAACUCUACUUCUAGAUCCAAUCAGACUAAAAUCGUUUAUCACUACCAAUAAAUCAAAGUUAACUGAAGCACAUGCUUUCGCAAGAGGUUGGUUCGUAGAUAGAGGUGUUGAAGUUGCCAAUUCAAAUGCAGGCAAUUUCAUCUGGGUGAACUUGGGGAAGACAUUAGGUUUCGAUGAUGCUUUGACUGAGAAAAAGGUUUUUCAAAAACUACUGGAUGGUGGUGUAUAUAUCGCGCCAGGUUCGGCUUAUCAUUAUCACAUAGCCGGUUGGUAUAGAGUGACAUUCAGUGUACCUAGAGGAAAUCUUAUGGUCGGUCUAGAGAAAUUGGGACAGCUGCUAGAACUUGAAUUGAUCAAGUAG